AGAUUGUUUCUUGUGUCUCUCCACAUGUAGAGUGUCCACAAGGCAAAGACCAGGAGAGAUAAUCACUCUCAAGCGAUGUGCUCAUUCCAUUAUUUGUGAAGAAGAAAGAACACUGUGUAUCAUGGCCGAGAGACUGGCAGGGGGGGUCCUAGCAUCCUGCUCUGCUGGGUGUUGCCGCGGAAGUCUAUGCAAUGUCGGUGACGCAAUUCCCAGUCAACCUACAACAGAUGCAUCAACCUUCGAUCCAACAACGCAUCCACCGAGCAAAGCAAUGUUGGCGGUGUUUCCACGGGACAGCACCGGUGCAACAUUGCUGGAACAACUUGUGUAUUCGACCACAAUCCAAAAGAUGCUUCCUUGGUGUUACAACAACACUUUAUUACUAGAAACAGCAUUUUUCGUAGCCGCCUCCGCAAACAUCUUUAUUUCCUUUUUGGGAAUCCUGUGGGAAAGAAGAGGGAAAUUUACUCGUCCCAGUCUCCUUUCCUCAACACAGGAGCCCUGUCAUCUUGAAAGAAAUCAAUAAAGGAGAUGUGUGUGGAGCUACAUUUUCCUCUGUAAUACUGCGUUAUUUGUACCUUAUGUUACGACACGAUAAGGAUUCAUAUUCUAUGUGAAAAUAAAAACUGCAUUGAUAUCCUCUAAAAAGGGACAGAAAGAAGGGGAAACCAUCGGGAUUUUUUUCGAGUAAAAUCGAUAAACAGCCCGUCAACUUGUUUCCCUCUUUGGUGAAUCUGACAAGGGUUACUUCUUUUUCAACAUCAUCAUUUUAAAUAGCUAUCCCAAUUUUUCUGCCAUUCAACAGUCAAUUCGUUUAUAUAUUUGAUUAUAUACUAAUACCCUUUUUUUCUUCCUAUAUCUCGGAUAUAUGGCGGCUCACAUCUUCGAAGACACAGCCUUGGUGGCCUUGGGUGUUAUCGAACAGACGGUAUACAAGUGAUCACUUUGUAUCAUUUGACAGAAGGCCAAUAGAAUUUAUCAUUAUGCACAAAGGUUAAAAUGAAGCAGUUUCAAUCAGUGUAUUUAGGAUGUACAAGAUGUACAAGCCUUUGUUUAAUAAUAUGUUCAUGAUGAAGAAGAAAAACGUUUGAUUUAUUUAUUUAUUCUUCUGUAAAAAAAAAAAAAGUAAAUUCCACUGUGCUUGUUACGAGAAUCUAUAAAAACAACACAAUUCCUCGGCUUUUACUGCAACUCAA